AUGCUCAAACACUCGGCCGCGGCCAUCUGCUCAUCCACGUGCUCAGUACCGUGCAGUCCAUGCCCGUCAUCCGCUACCUCAGCACGACGAUUCAGCGCAAAAUGCCCGCUAGCACGACCCUCCAAACGCCCUUCAUCGUCGAAGCAUUGGAUGCUCGAGCCUUCCAGAUGCUACGCAACGAGGCCUCCGAAACCCGAUGACCCAAGCCCGCCGCCGUGGCCAAGGUCGCCACACCCAACCCCCUACGAGAUAUUCGGCAUGCAGCGCGGCGCGCCGUACACAAAACGGCGGUUCUACCAGCUCGUGAAGCUAUACCACCCCGACACCCACGACAAAGAUGCGCUGCCCUCGUCCUCCCCGCAGCAGAUUCCACACGCAACCCGCCUCGAGAGGUACCACCUCGUCGUGGCGGCCAACAAUCUCCUAAGCGACCCGAACAAACGUCGUCUGUACGACCACCACGGCAUCGGCUGGACGGCCGGCCACCGUGCCCCGGACCUCCGAGAGGCCGACAAGGCGUGGCGACACCAGCCGGGGAAUGCCUCGCGCAACGCCACCUGGGAGGACUGGGAGCAGUGGCGGAACGAGCGCGACGGCAAGCCCAGCGAGCCCAUGUACAUGAGCAACGGGACGUUUGCGGCCCUCGUAGUCUGCAUGUGCAUGAUUGGGGCUCUGGCGCAGAUGAACCGCGCCGAAGCCGCCGGCGAGCAGUACGUCGACUUUGUGCAGCAGAAGGACUGGGCCAUCGGGCAGAAGAUGCGCGAAAACACCAUGGCGUCGGCGGGGAGGACAAAGGACGAGAGGGUCGACACGUUUCUACGGGACAGGGAGAACCUGUCGUUUGACUUUCAGCCUGCCAAGUACGACGACCCCUCGCAUGCGAAUAGAUCAGGAUAA